AUGCAACAAUUCGUACGCAAUGUCAAGCCCACCAGACUGGUAGACAUAACUGCACAGGCAUCCCGUGUCGUACCGCACUUAAUAGCCAGCGACCUCAGUUGCGCAACGCGAUCAAGCCACGUUACAGAAGUCUCAGACGCCCUCCGGAAAAACGGCAUCCUUAAAGUCAGCCUACAGUUCAAAGAUGACGCUAGCAAAUACCUCCAAAAUCUCAUUCUCGGUCUCCACAAACACCACGGACACGGGUUACCAAUUACCCACAGUGCAUCGCGCGGUUGGUUUUGGGACAUUCGACCCAAUAGCACAAUCUUCCAAACCCCAUCGCAUCAGGCCCGGUCCGAGACCAUGCAGGAGUUCCCUUGGCACACGGACUGUAGCUAUGAGGCGGCCCCGCCCAAAUACUUCGCGUUACAGGUUCUACGGGAAGAUCGCUGUGGUGGCGGAACGCUCUCGGUAAUGAACGUGGGGAAGCUAAGCUCCAUGCUCUCUCCGUCUACGUGCGCUGCCCUGCUGCGGCCCGAAUUCCGUAUCGAUGUUCCUCCAGAGUUCGUGAAAAGCGACGCGAGCCGACACAUUAUUGGUAGCCUCAUGGCAGCGGACUCGAGUGGUGCGCCAAGUAUGCUGCGCUUCCGGGAGGACAUCAUGACUCCUCUGAGUAUGGAGGCUGCGGCCGCGCUGGCGGAGCUAAAAGAUCGUUUGCUGGGAUUGGAAGUACAGGCGGAGACGCUCCACCUGACGCCGGACUGCUUACCUCGGGGUUCUGUCGUGCUCAUGGAUAACCGCCGCUGGCUUCAUGCACGGAACGAGGUCAUGGAUCCCGAGCGCCACUUGCGCAGGGUGCGCUGGGAUGCGAAGCCAUUUCCCGCCAUGAGUAUCUAG